CUAGAGACGAGCCAUGGAGUCGGCGUCUCCGCGCGCCGCAGCACCUCCUCCUCCGCGCCUCCUCGCGCUCUCGUUGCUGCUUCUGCUAGUGCUCCCCUUCACCAAUGCGCACCCCGUCACGAUGCCGUCGCCGGCGGCGAGGGCAGUGGAGACGGGCAUCUCGGCCGGGCUGCUCUCCACGCUGCGCGAGACGCUGGACGCGAUCAGGAGCGUGGCAGGCAUCAUCUCGGGGUUCCCCAUCGGCGGCAUUCUCGGCGGCGGCGACCUCCGCCUCUCCUCCGCCGUCGCCGACUGCCUCGACCUCCUGGACCUCUCCUCCGACGAGCUCUCGUGGUCCAUGUCCACCACCUCGCCGUCGCCCACCAGCGCAGGCGGCCGCCUCGGCACCGGCGACGCCCGCUCCGACCUCCGGUCCUGGCUGAGCGGCGCGCUCGGGAACCAGGACACGUGCAAGGAGGGCCUGGACGCGACCGGCUCGGUCCUCGGCUCGCUCGUCGCCACGGGGCUCCAGGCCGUCACGUCGCUCCUCGCCGACGGCCUCGGCCAGGUCGCCGCCGCGUAUCCGCCGUCCUCCCGCCGCGGCCUCCUCGGCGGCGCCCGGCCCCCGCGGUGGCUGCGCGCGAGGGAACGGUGGCUGCUGCAGAUGCCCGUGGGGCCGGGGGGGCUGCCGGUGGACGCCGUGGUGGCGCAGGACGGGAGCGGCAACUUCACGACGGUGCGCGCGGCCGUGGAGGCGGCGCCCGCGGAGAGCGCGGCGCGGUUCGUGAUCUACGUGAAGAAGGGCGUGUACAGGGAGACGGUGGACGUGAAGAAGAAGAAGUGGAACCUGAUGCUGGUCGGCGACGGGAUGGGCGCCACGGUCAUCUCCGGCCACCGCAGCUACGGCGACGGCUACACCACCUACCGCAGCGCCACCGUCGCCGUGAACGGCAAGGGCUUCAUCGCGCGGGACCUGACGUUCGAGAACACGGCGGGCCCCGCCAAGCACCAGGCGGUGGCGCUCCGGUGCGACUCGGACCUCUCCGUCUUCUACCGCUGCGCCUUCGAGGGGUACCAGGACACGCUGUACGCGCACUCGCUCCGCCAGUUCUACCGCGACUGCCGCAUCACGGGCACCGUCGACUUCGUCUUCGGCAACGCCGCCGCCGUGUUCCAGAACUGCCUCCUCCUCGCGCGCCUCCCGCUGCCCGCGCAGAAGAACUCCGUCACCGCGCAGGGCCGGCUCGACGCCAACAUGACCACGGGCUUCGCCUUCCAGUUCUGCAACGUCUCCGCCCACGGCGAGCUCCUCGCGGCCUCCGGCGGCGGCAACGGGACCGCCGGGGCGCAGACGUACCUCGGCCGGCCGUGGAAGCAGUACUCCCGGGUGGUGUUCAUGCAGUCGUACAUCGGCGCCGCGGUGCGCCCCGAGGGGUGGCUUGCGUGGGACGGGGAGUUCGCGCUCGACACGCUCUACUACGGGGAGUACAUGAACACCGGCCCCGGCGCCGGCGUCGGCUCGCGGGUCCGGUGGCCGGGGUUCCACGUCAUGACCAGCCCCGCGGAGGCCGGCAACUUCACCGUCGCGCAGUUCAUUGGGGGCAACAUGUGGCUGCCGCCCACCGGCAUCAAGUACACCGCCGGCCUCACCUCUUGAUGAGUCUGCUCCAGCGGUGCCGGCUCGAUCAGGCCUCCGUUGCCUCUGGGUGUAGAGUUAGUAGUGUUGUCAUCUUAUACUAUAUAUACUAGCAGAAUAGUCCUACAUGAUGACUGUGGAGGGGAAUGUGUGCAAGAAAUGGUGGAUGAAUUUGGGGUUUUGAUUGGGAUUGUUUGAAAUCAGCAGUGCAUCUCUGUUACCAGGUGAAAUCAGCAGUGGACAGUGUAUGUUACCAGGUAAAAUCAG